ACUUGACCUUCUACUAUUGUUAAUGAAGACUGGAAGUUUUUCGCGGCUAGUAUGUCUCUUAUUUCUACUCCAAUGAUUCUGCGGUGCCUACCCGAUCGGUGUAGCUCCUACUAAUGGGUAUACUUCGAAUAAGUAUUUUAACCGUCCUAUUAAUCACGAAUGGAGUAAACACGUUGCGUCUUAAAGGGAAAUGGAAUCCAUCCAACAGAUAUUUAUUUUUGACAAAGUUUGGCUUUCAACGAACGCAAAUUGAUGAACUUGAAGCAACAAGGGGUUACAUUUACGGGACAGUGAACCUCGAAAACGGUGUGUCAAAUACACAGAAUGUGACAGAUAUUGCUACAUUGGUUUUGGUUGACGGUGAGUUCAUUAUGGAUCUCUAUGGAAAUGCCACAGAAUCAAUAUGGACACAAAAUGUAACUGGUAUGACAUAUCAGGAAAGUCAAUGGCUCAUGGAAACUGAACGUUGCAACAAAAUGUUUGAUAAAAUCAACUCUCUUGCUUGGCACAAGACGUGUUCCCCCACAGGAGAAAUGGAUUUACUUCGAUCCGUACCCUGUUCUUCAUCUGGGCUUUGCGCAGAGGAAGAUGAUCCUGAAAGUGUAGUACCGAAUUCACAAUUUACUUUUGUUGUGCAAGACCUUCGGCAACCACGUUAUUGGUAUUUAAGUUUGGUCGCGUGUAAACGUAAUUUAACUACAUGUAAAUGGGAGACUACUGCAAUUCCUCGUUAUUCAAAUUCAUUUUUAUCAUCAUCAUCAUCGUCAUCAUCAACUAAUUCCUUAUUAACACUGAUUUAUGAUAUAUGGCUUGUUAAUGGUGAACCAAAAUUACAGUCUUUCAAUCAAUUUGAACAUCAUUUCUCUUUUGAAACACAUGGAAUUGCACAAAUGUUUUUUAUAUUUCUGUCACUCUAUAUUAUUUUGAAUAUAACAGCACAUAUCAAACUGGUCAAUAACUGCUCACUUCAUGUUUGCCUCUACCUUACUCAUCUUUGGUUGGCUAGUCUAGGAACACUGUUGGCUGCUGUUCACUGGGGUGUUUUCUCAUUUGAUGGUCGAGGACUAGGUCUGAUUUCAGAGUUGGGAACAGUAAUUACACAGUGGGCAGACUCAGUGUUCCUAGCUGUUCUACUGUGUACAUGUCAAAUGGGUUUCAGUCCACAAUGUCCGUCAAUCGCAUUCCAAUCUUGUGAUACUUCAAGAGCUCUUUGUCCACUAACCUCCAAAGUGUUUUCCACUUUACCUACCGGAUUCCUUCACCUUGGUAAAUUUAGUCAUAAAUUGUACAGUUACGAUCCUAUUCGAGAAAAUAUUUAUGCUAAGCCAUCAACCAAUCAAAAGUCCACAUCAUUUUGGCCGUAUGUGAUUUUAUUGGUUACUUUGUUGGUUGGGGUCAAAGCUUUACUGUAUAUAUGGGCUAUGAAAUUGUGGCUUCAACUAAACACGCCCAACUGUAGUGGGUCGCUUAGUCACAAGGAAAAACGCAUACAGUGUCUCCGUUUUGAUCAUUUUAAACCGAUUACCAUUCUUUACUAUCAGUGCCUCAGUAGUAAUAUGGGAUCAUUAACAUUGACAAUAAAUGGUCAGCGUUUUCCGACAGGUUUGAUAGAGAUCCUGUUAUCGAUUUUUCUGUUUGGAAUACAGUGCCUGGUUGUUUAUUGUUAGCUUUAAGAAUUUGCCUAGUGUUCUGGAUAUUGGUAGUUGUAGGACGCAGGCAUUUUAUAGCACAAAUUUACUCUGAGUCGUAUAAUAUGGAUUUAUGUAUCUUGGGCCCAAAUAUCAAUACAAUGCAAUUUGCCGCUGGUUAUCUCCUAUGGAUUGUGAUCUUACCAUUAGUAGUGUUUAUUGGUGAGACAAGCGUAUCUCCCUUGUGGCGAACAAAAACUAUAUCACUUAUAUGCUUCUCUACUGACUAUGUAGCGGCUGUUGCGUACGCUUGUCUUUUAUGGCGUUCAAACUCACUUUUGGAUGAAAACGUGGUGGGUUACAAAUUUAUUCGCUGAGAUUUUAGAAAUAUAUAUUAUUCCUAUAUAGUGGUGGGUUAUCGUUGUUCACUCUAGCUUUAUACUUCCUUUCUCUGCUUCCUACCCUUUCAUCCCUAUCCAACGUACUCUGUUCGAAUCCUGUGAAUCGUUUGAUGUUUAUUAUAUUCUUCACUUCUAUUUUUGUUUUUUUUUUGUUUUCAGUCUAUUUGCUAAAUUUGUGCAUUAUCAACAAAUCUAUACAGAUGUUUCAGAAAUAUGAUUUUUUGUGCUGAUACCAUGUGAAUUACAUUCAUUAUUUGCUAUUUUGGAAUUUCAUGAUGUAUGUUCAUUGUUUUCUUCUUUCUUCACUUCCAUGUUCGCAUUAAUGGAUUGCCAAUCCUUAUCUUCUUCUUCAUCAGUGUUCUUCAUUAUUUAUACUUUAUAAAUACUUAUUUUUAUAAUGUCUAAUUCACAAGUUAAUUGAGACUUUAUAUUUUUGCUCACAGACUAAUAACAAUUGAUUUUGUGACUAAUUAUUGCAUAACAGAUCAGUGGAUUUGGGUUUUCGCACUUUAUGUAUUUAACUAUGACAGUGGUGAUAUGACCUAACUUUAAAUAUAAUGUACAAAAAUUCGGUAAACACUUCACAAUACACGUGAUACUAUUACUUUGUACAUUUUCGGAUUAUAAUUUAUUUAUUAAAUUGUAUUGAAUUGAUUGAGAAGCGGUUUAUUUAGUACAAUUAUUAUUGUUUCUUAGGGAAAGGCACAUUGUACACAUGUAUUCUCUAUAAUAGACUGUUUUCUUUAGAGUUAACCACCAUUUAACUAAAGAAAGUAUACGAACAUUGAGUAUAAUUUAUUUCCUGGUCAUAUAAAUGAAAAAUGGUGUACAAGUAAUACGUUUUUAAAGCUAAUUUUAUCCAACAUAUCAACUGCUUUUAUUACAUUACUCAGGUUUUCAAAACUAGACAGAAACUGACUGACAAAACAACUUGUUUUGAAGUGAUGAAUGUACUAGUCUUAAAUUAAUUGAUUAUUUAAUGGUAGACUAUUGUGUUUAAUCACUUCAUAGUACAGACAGACCUCAUUUUUAACAUAUAACAUUGUCAAAUUAAUUAAUACAUACCUCAUUUUGGCCUUUGUAAAAUAUUAUAAUUAUAGACCUAAUUUUAUUGGUCGCGUUUGAGUCCCCUAGAUUAGCAUAAUCCUUCUUAACUUCAGAUAUAUCUUAUUGAAUAGUACCGAUUAGCUCGAAACCUAGUUCUCGGGGUUCCUAUUCAUUGGUUCCAGCCACCUAGGAUAAUCGGGGUUUGGGUUUCAUCGCGUACUCAAAUACCACUGUGUGUAACCCAUAUAAAUUAUUUUAAUACUUCUAAAUACCAAACCUUUAUUCUUUUAAUCUGGAGUGAUUUCACUUUGAAUUAAUCUGUUGGAGAACGAUAUCUCUGAACGUCUUGUAUAUUACGGGAUGUCAUUUCUUUUUUAUCCAUAUUUUAAAGCUGUGCUUACUUUAGAAACGAUAUCGCUGCUAAUUGUAUACUGACUACUAAAAAAAGAUAGAUGAUAUUUUGGCUUUUGUAACAACGUUAUAUAAGCUCUAUAUGUUAGUAACUUAUGUAAAUCACGUUUGUCAGGAACUAUAUCAAUAACAUAUCUUCAAAAGUGAGUUUUACGGUUUACAAUUUACAACAUUACCGUUUAGAUGAGCAGAAUGUUUACUGACUACUCCACGUUUGAUGUGUGCCAUAAGCAGUCUAUCUUUUCGUAAAAGACUUAAAAAUUGAGUCAUGCAACCCUCCUGAAUCUUGUGUUUUUAAGACCCAAUUAUAAGUAUUGGAUGAAUCCAUUUAUUAAUGCCUAUCUUGCGGAUAUCUAGGAAGGAUUAAUUAAUUCAGUGUAAUCGGCCAUUUCUUUAGCAAAUAUGAAAGCUAAACUUUAAAAAUAUGACUAGUUUAUUUUCAGCUGGCAAAGCGGAGUCGACUUAUUUAAGAUUCCUAUUUAUUCAGACUUAAGUACUCAUCAUUGCUUUUAGCUUGAUGUGGAUGAACUAAAUCCUUAGGAAGUAUUGGUCGCAUGAUUUAAAUUCCCUAACAUUGCUGAUCCAUUGUGCCUUUGACUGUGUUGAAUAGGGGAAUGAAAGUGGAGGCUAAAGAAUAAGUAUUUUAGUUUGUAGAUAAAUCCACAAGCAGAAACCAAGCUAGUAAUAAAUAAACAAUAUGUUGUCCACUUUGCCGUCAUCUACUUGAAAAAAUAAUUGGAUGAUGGAUAAAUAGCUAGUUGUAGCGCUCCCUGUUAGGACACCCUUUUACGACCAUGAUACAAAAAUGAUUCAACAUUGUCUGAUGAAUAGUCAAACAGAAAAACAACUGGGGCAAGAGCUUUACAUAGUCAAAACACGAGCCUGAGUGCCCAUGGCCAAGCCUUGUUUAUAAGACGUUAAAGUAAUUAAUCAUGAGGUGUGUUAAAAUAUGUUAGGAAACACAGAACUAGAAUACCAUCAAUAAGUCAUAGAGAUAAAGAAUCUAUUAAUUACAGAGGGGAAGGGGUUUGACGAUCAAGUAAAAAAUAGGUGUAUAAAGUAUGAGUGCAUUAAAUAGGUCAGAUGAUAAGUGGUUAGAGGGUGUUCAGCAUUAUAAGCAAAGAUGGAUAG